AUGAUAGGUUAUACGAUUAAUUCAAAGGUGGAUUUCAACUCAACACGAGAUACCGAUGGCCAGGGGACAUACUUAGCCUCCAUCAUAGCAGGCCAGGGUAUCCCCGAUGCCAACUUUUUCGGCCUUGCAUCUGGUGUUGCCAAGGGAAUAGCACCACAUGCACGUCUAGCAAUAUACAAGGUUGCAUGGUAUGACUCUAGCUCUAUCACCGACCUUAUCUUUACAAAUAGUGAUAUUAUGAGUGCUAUGGAGCAAGCCAUAGUAGAUGGAGUGGAUAUCAUCUCAAUCUCCUUACCAUCAGAGAAACCCACUAUCGAAUACACAAAAGAUCCUAUUGUAUUGGCCUCCUUGAAAGCAACACAAAAUGGAGUGCUUGUGGUUGCAGGCGCAAGUGACAAUGGUCCUGAUGUUGGCACAGUUAGAAAUGAGGCUCCAUGGAUGCUCACAGUGGGGGCCAGCACCAUCGACAGAUCCUUUCAAGCCAUGAUCAAAUUGGGCGAUGGUGUGGUUGUUAAGGGCACAUCCUUGUAUACCAACAAGUUCUCCACUCCAAACUUGACAAUGGUUUACGGGUACAAUUGUCAAGAGAAUAGCUUGAUCCCCAAAUAUGUAACGGGCAACAUUCUCUUUUGUGACGAUAGCAGUGAUGUCAAUGUGUCUACACGUGUGCAUGUGGCCAGGACUACUGGAGCAGUGAUUGCCAUUGUUGUCUACGAUGAUGCAGUAGACUUGCCCUCCGAAAUCUACACAAUGUCAGUUGUGUUUGUAACUAGACACCAGUCAUAUGUCGUACUGAACUACUACGGCCUUGCAGAUGCUCCAGUUGCCAGCUUGCAAUUCAAAAUAACAGAGCUUGGCUACACUCCAGCACCCAUGCUAGCAACAUUUUCAUCAGUGGGUCCUGGCCCCAUGUUCCCAGAGAUCAUGAAACCUGACUUGUUGGGCCCUGGUGUCAAUAUCAUGGCCUCUCGCCCUAAUAGGCACCCACGACGUCGUGCAUGCAUACAGAUAGAUUCUGCCACAUCAGCAGCCGCUGCACACGUGGCAGGUAUGGCGGCGCUUCUUUAG